CAAUCAGCUGACAUCCGGCGUCUUCCCGUCCAUUAGCCCAGCGAUACCCAACAUUCAGCCUGAGCCAUUUGCGAUCGAUAUUUUCCGGUGUGGGAGAGCAACAAUUCGACUAUUUUCCCUCCCUCCGCUUUACUGAAUGCCCAGUUCCAUCGUAUUCAUCAAAUGCAGGGCUCUGGCCCCGUCUCCAGCAGCUGAAGCGCCCCCCGUCCUGCCCUCUCCGCCCCGGGUCCACUGCUUCCUCUCCGCGCUGAGCCAUGAGCACCCACCGGGAUCUCGACAUGGUACACCUCCGCCUCAUCCUGGUCAGUGGGAAAACCGAGGACUUCACCUUCUCGCCAAACGACUCGGCCACAGACAUCGCCAAGCAUGUGUUUGAUAACUGGCCCACGGGCUGGGAGGAGGAGAGGGUGAGCAGCUCCAGCAUACUCCGCCUCAUCUUCCAGGGGCGCUUCCUUCAUGGCAAUGUGACACUUGGAGCUCUGAAAUUGCCCCCGGGCCGAACCACCGUCAUGCACCUGGUUGCCAGGGAAACGCUCCCUGAGCCCAACUCACACGGUCAACGGAACAGAGAAAAAACCACAGAGAGCAAUUGCUGUCUCCUCUUGUAAGGAAUCUACAUUUCCUAUACCCUUCUCCGUCUACCACACACACACACACAUACACACACACGAUCCCCUUCCUCUUGCUGGUCAUCCUGUCAGCGGUGGACUGAAUCACUGGAAGUUUAGUUGAUGUUUGGUUGGAUUUUUUUCGUCCUGUUGGAGGCUUUUUUCUCUGUUGUGCCAACUGAUCCACACUUGACUGCGAACACGACAAGAAUCACGGUUGCCCUGUGACAUCAUCGCCAUCGACCGAGCCCUCGCUGGACACCUUUUUAAAGAAGGGGAAAAAAAAUAUUGCGCCGGAUGCAUUUGCGGACUGAACGCUGUUAACCCCUUAAUGCACUUAACCAGUUUAACGGCAAGUGUGUGGUGUUCCUCCUCCUCCUCCUCCUCCAUGGAUCUUAUUUUUCCUCUCCAUCGGAGGAACAGAGACAAAUUGUGCCAUCUUCUUCCCACGUUUCUGCCUCAGCACCGGUGGCGUCCGUGCCAUGAAAAUUACUUGUGUUCGCUCCUUUGGACCAAUUUUUAAAAUGUUCUUGAAGAAAAAGAGGAACAGACCGGCAGCCAGGCUCUCGUCGCGCCUCCAGGCGUGACCUUUGACCUCUCCGCGGUCACGGGAGGAGAGCGUGAGGCCAGUCACUUGCAAAUUUGACGAUGGCGGCGAAAGCUCCUCCCACUCGCAUGAAGAAGCAUUAAUAGGGGGAAAAAAGGGAUUGUCUUUUGGGUCCUUUUUCAUUUGAAUGCUGUCUUUACUCGUUUGCCUUUUAUCGUGGAAUCCAGUAAUAUCAUUAAUAUUGAAAUUUAAAUAUAUCGAUUUUUAUCUUGUGUAUAGGUAUUUGUUCCAAUUUCGGAGCGUGCGACUUUGUGUGAGUUGUGUGUGUGUGUGUGUGUGUGUGUGUGUGUGUGUGUGUGUGUGUGUGUGUGUGUGUGUGUGUGUGUGUGUGUGUGUGUGUGUGUGUGUGAUGCUGACGGUGAGAAAAAGGGGAAAAAAGUGCUAACAGUGGGAAAAAGUUUCCAUUUCUUUCUUUUGAGUAUCUUUUUGAUUAUCACUGCUAUGAACUUAAGUCAGUAUGAAUACAUGUACAAACUAACACGCAAUGUGGUCUAUAUCAAAGCUUGUAUCAUAAAGUAGUAAAUCUUUAAAUAAGGCCACCGUUUUUCUAGAGGAGAGAAGCUGGUGUCGGGAUCAGAACGGCUGCUUCGGGGUUGUGUUGACUAAUCAAAGUCUUUCCUCAUCAUCUGUUUUUUACCUAAUUAAUAGGCUGUCUUUGAAAUGGUCGACUUUUACUGUCAAGUUGUUUAAAGUAUUGAAAUGACCGCCGGACUUUAUGGCGUAUUGUAAAGAAGUGUGAAUAAUAAUACUUUAUGUCUGAAAUAAAUUCCUCACACACAUGCACAACA